AAGGCACUCACAAACUGCAUAACAGGUCAAACUUUUUAAGAGAGAGAGAGAGAGAGAGAGAGAGAGAGAGACAAUAAAAAACACCCCUGCAUUCACUUUCUAGCUGAAGGAUUGUGAUACUUCUCAGUGUAUUCUUCCCUUCUUUUCAUUUUUAGACUUUCUCAAACGGAGUUUAUCCCCAGAUGAAGACCCAUUUGGCAGUCCAUCUUCUGCUUCUGAUGCUUCUCAUUUCUCAGACAGAAGGCAAAACCAGGAAGCUCCUUACUGCAACCACUCCUACUACCAUGGCUCCAAACUCAAUGGAGGAAACAACCCAAGGAGGCAGUGAGGCCAAUCCAAGAUUGAAGGGCAAAAGAAGUAAUGGCGGCCAACUUGGUGGAGGGAAAGAGAACUUCGCGGUCAAUUCAUCUUCGUCUUCGGAGCAUUAUCCAGACAUCAUGGACAUAGCUGGGAUGGACUACACUCCAGCAAAGAGAAAGCCUCCAAUACACAACUGAGCAAACAGAACCUUAUACGCAUCUAUUUAUAUAAACAUGGUUGUGCAAUACUUUAGGGGAACAAGAGGACGAGAAAAUUGAGGAAAAUGAUAUUCGGACAACGAGGAGGCAACAAAAUUGGGGUUCGUACAGUGUUGCACUGCAGUUUUUUUAGGAUUUAGGAUUAGGCAGGAUCCUGUACAUGAAGACCUUUUCUUUUUGUGUAAUAACUGUAUUUUUAUUUUUUAUGAGUUUUCUAAGAUAAUGCAUCAGUUUUGGUUUUUCUAGGUGUGUCUGAUGGAUUUGAAUAAUGAGAACUUUCUUCUUUCC